GCUUAAACAAGGCUUUCCCGGGGCGUGUCCACGAAUUUUCCACUUUUUUUUCCCAAAUUCCAGAAGUUCCUUUUUAACUUUAGCGCGACGUGGCAAGGCUGUGUGCGGCAAGCCUUCUGUUGCUUCUUCAUCGGUGUUAACCCUUGGGUAGGUGGCGCAGGCAGGUACUGGCUCUCAGGUGUGGUAACCAAUCCGCCUCUACCUCGGGAUCUCCCAUGAAAGAUCUCCUCGUUAGUAAUUACAGAAUCAUUUCCCCGUUCACCACUGGGGAGGCGGUCGUCGCGCUGACGAUGUCGGGCUGAGCCUGGUCCUCGCAAACAUCUGGCUCUGCUGUUUCGGGGGAUGCCAAAAUGCUUCGUUUUAUCGUAGAAUCGGCCAGUAAUCUCCCAGAUACAACAUUCGGGACGCCCGAUCCGAUUGUAUCGAUCACUUUUAAAGGUGAAAAGAAGAAAACCAGGACAGUUGACAAUGAAUUGAACCCAGUGUGGAAUGAGAAAAUUGAAUUUGAUUUGAAGGGAGCGGCCCUAAAUGCUUCGUCAUCAAUUCUUGUUGUGGUUAAGGACCAUGAGACAAUUGGAAAAGAUAAGUUUAUUGGUUCUGCAACGGUAUCCUUGAGAGAUCUAGCAAGUGGUCAAAGGACAUUACCUUUGAAGAAUAUCUCUUUGCUCACUGAAAAGAAGCAGCCGACAGGGGGACAAAUAAGCCUGGUAGCCACUUAUGAACCACCUGCUGGAGCGGGAGCACCUAACUCAUCUGCACUUGAUGAUUCCGCUGCACAAGACUCUGGUGAAGGGGAUGAAGGUGAUGAAGGUGAUGUGGAGGGUGGAGACGGAGGGGUUACAGGACCCUCGGGUGUACCAUCCCAUCCAGCAACCAGAAGGCUUCGGAAGAGGAAAAGUAAGAGGCCGCUCUCCAACAAACCUCAGGAUUUCCAGAUUCGAGUGAGGAUAAUUGCCGCACGUCAGUUGGCUGGUAAUAAUGUAAAGCCUGUGGUUAAAGUGACGGUCUGCAAUGAGACUCAUCGGACGAGGAUUCGAAGAGGAAACAACCCCCACUUUGAUGAGAUUUUCUUCUUCAAUGUAAACCGGUCACCAGAGGAGCUAUUUGAUGAAUCGAUCCAAAUUAGAGUGUACAAUUCAUUUUCGUUGCGUUCAGAUUCAUUAAUGGGAGAAUUCAAGUUGGACAUUGGUUAUGUCUAUGAUGAGUCUGGACACGCUGUUUUGAGAAAAUGGCUCCUACUUCAUAAUCCUGAGGACCCCAGUACUGGAUCGAAAGGAUACUUGAAAGUCAGCUUCUUUGUCCUGGCCACAGGAGAUGAUCCUCCGGUUGAGAAAAAAGGGAAAUCUGAAGAUAGCGAUGAUGUUGAAAGCAACCUGCUGCUUCCUGCAGGCCUCACUCUUCGAUGGGUGACUUUCCUUCUGAAGAUCUACAGAGCAGAAGACAUUCCACAAAUGGAUGAUGCCUUUGUAGAAAGUGUGAAGUCGUUAUUUGGAGCAGGCACAGACAAGAAAAACCUAGUGGAUCCAUACGUGGAAGUUAGUUUUGCUGGGAAAAAGCUUUGUACAAAGAUAAUAGAAAAGAAUGCAAAUCCAGAGUGGAACCAAGUUAUCAACCUUCAAGUCAAGUUUCCAUCGAUGUGUGAGAAACUACGCUUGACUGUUUUUGAUUGGGAUCGGGUGACUGGAAAUGAUGCAAUUGGGACGGCGUAUUUGUUCCUGACCAAGAUAGCUUCAUCCGGAGGAGAAGUUGAAGAUGAUGAGGGAACUGGGGCUUCUCCAGCAAUUGAAGGGGAUACGGGAGAAGAAUCAGUAGGGUUUCUUCCAGCUUUUGGCCCUUCGUUCAUCAACUUUUAUGGGAGCCCUCGGGAAUUCACUGGCCUGCCUGAUCCUUACGAAGACUUGAACCAUGGGAAGGGUGAAGGCGUUUCAUAUCGUGGCCGACUAUUAGUUGAACUCCACACACAGCUUGAAGGUAGUCCAGAGAAGAAGCUGGAAGACAUACCAAGUGAUGAUGUUUUGGUUGUUCAGAAAUAUCAACGCCGACGCAAGUACAGUCUUUGCGCUGUCUUUUAUGCUGCGACUAUGCAGCAAGAAGUUGGAGAUGCCAUUCAGUUUGAAGUCAGCAUUGGUAAUUAUGGGAAUAAAUUUGACAAGACCUGCAGGCCUUUGGCUUCCACCACUCAGUACAGUAGAGCGGUGUUUGAUGGUAACUACUACUACUUUCUACCUUGGUCAAGCACAAAGCCUGUGGUGACACUCACUUCGUUCUGGGAGGACAUCAGUCACAGGUUGGAUUCUGUGAACAUCCUCUUUAAAAUGGUCCACAGACUGGAAGUGAACUUAACAAAAUUGAAGACAGCUGUGCUGGCCAAAGUUUCAGAAGAUUUACUAGCUGAAUUCUGGUUCAAAGUUAUUGAACAGAUUAUAGAAGAAUGCAGCCAACCCUUGCCAGGUAUUGAAGGUAGACCUAAUGUGACCCAACUCGAUUUGCAAAUCCACAAGCUGCGUACAAACACACUGGCAUCUAUUGUUGAAUCCGCAAUAACCUGGCGAAACGAAGCAAGUGAUCCCAAGGAAACAAUCCCUGAUAUGGAAAGCUGGCUAGAGGACCUCAAAUCAUUGUCUGAGGAGCCACAAAACAGCAUGCCCGAUGUUAUCAUCUGGAUGAUAUGCGAUGAGAAACGAGUUGCCUAUGCACGAAUUCCAGCUCAUGAACUGCUCUACUCAACUACAAGUGAGGAAGCUUGUGGCAGAUACUGUGGAAAGACACAGACCAUAGUCUUGAAGUAUUUGGAAGACAAGUACAAAGGUUCCAAAAUACCAUCUCAGUUGCGGGUUCGCUUUUGGCUUGGACUUUCGGCCGUGGAGAAAAAAUUCAACAGCUUUUCUGAAGGAAACUUCAGUGUAUUUUCGGAAUUGUACGAAAACCAAAUCCAGCUUAUGGGCAAAUGGGGCACUACUGGGCUUGUGGGCCGCCACAAGUUUUCUGAUGUGACAGGUAAAAUAAAGCUGAAGAAAGAGAGCUUCAUGCCCCCGAAAAGCUGGGAAUGGGAAGAAGACUGGUUCAUUGAUCCUGAAAGAAGUUUGCUAACAGAAGCUGAUGCUGGCCACACGGAAUUUAUUGAUGAAGUCUAUGAAAAUAACGCUCGCUAUCCUGGGGCUGAAUGGAAAAUAGCAAAGGAGCCUUACACUGAUGUGAACGGAGAAAAGAGUUUAUCAAAAGACGAAUUUGAACCUCCAGCAGGGUGGAACUGGAUGGAUGAGUGGGAGUAUGAUGUCAACCGAGCUGUUGAUGAGAAUGGUUGGGAAUAUGGACUAACCAUUCCCCCAGAUGACAAACCUAAAUCCUGGGUUUCAACGGAGAAAAUGUAUCUCACACAGAAGCGCCGACGCUGGGUGCGAAGACGCAAAAAGGACAAACAGCAAAGUGUACAUUCAUCGAAGACCAAGUCACCUGACCAGGAUUCAGAAGGAUGGGAAUAUGCAUCUCUAAUUGGCUGGAACUUUCACAUGAAGAAGCGGAAAUCUGACACUUACAGGCGUCGAAGAUGGAGGAGGAAGAUGGCACCAUCUGGGCAAUUGAAGGAUGCUGCAAUCUUCCGAUUGGAAGGUGCUCUUGCUCCACCUCCUGGCGAGGAUGAUGAUAAAUCACCAACAGACUCGAUAUUUGGAGGAAGUGCUCCUACGAUCUCCUGCGUGUUUGACCGGCCCUCGAUCUUUCAUCUCCGUUGCUAUAUUUUUCAAGCACGAAAUAUGACUGCUAUGGACAAAGACAGCUUUUCCGACCCAUAUGCUCAUGUUUCAUUUCUUCAUCAAAGCAAGACAACUGAGGUCAUCAAAUCGACACUCAACCCAACCUGGGACCAGUCCCUAAUUUUCAAUGAUAUUGACAUCUAUGGUGAUCCCUUAAAUUUGAUUCAUAGUCCGCCAAAUGUGGUCAUUGAAAUAUAUGAUGAAGAUCAAGUGGGAAAAGAUGAAUUUUUGGGCAGGUGCCUUUGUCCCCCAAUUGUGAAGCUGGAUCCAAGCACAGACGUGACACCCAAGCUUCUCUGGUAUCCUGUGAAGAUGGGUGACAAGAAAUGUGGGGAGCUCCUCAUCGCUGCUGAACUGAUGUUGAAAGAUAAACCAGAUGGGUCAAAUUUGCCACUUCUGCCUCCAAUCCGGUCAGGUACACUGUAUAUGGUGCCACAAGGAAUCAGACCAGUUGUGCAGCUUACUGCAAUUGAAAUCCUGACGUGGGGGUUACGGAACAUGAAGACCUACCAGCUGGCAGCCGUGUCUUCUCCAAGCCUCGUUGUAGAAUGUGGCGACAAAUAUUUGGAAUCUGCUGUGAUCAAGAGCCUUAAAAGAUGUCCCAAUUUCCCCCGCUCUGUCCUCUUCAUGAAAGUGUAUCUUCCGAAAGACGAAAUGUACACACCUCCUAUUGUCAUCAAGGUAAUUGACCACAGGCCAUUUGGACGCAAACCUGUGGUUGGACAAUGCACAAUUUAUACUUUGAAAGAAUUUCGGAUUGACGCCUAUACUGAAAAAGUAUCUGUCGGAAUGCACUCAAAAGCGUCUAUUCUUUCAAGUGCUCGUGAUUGUGUUAUUGAUGUGGAAGACAACCAGAAGCCCCUCCUGGAAUCGCAGAUUGCUAAGGAGGAUGAUUCAAUCGAUUGGUGGAGCAAGUUUUAUGCAUCUGUAGGAGAGCAUGACCGAUGUGGCAAAUACCUUCAGAAAGGUUAUGAUAUGCUGAAGGUGUAUGACACAGAACUGGAGAAUGUCCCUGAAUUCAAGAAGCUGACUGAUUUCUGUCAGACCUUUAAACUCUUCAGAGGGAAAGCGGAGGAUGAUGAAGACCCAUCAGUUGUGGGUGAAUUUAAGGGUUCCUUCAAAAUUUACCCUUUAAGUGAUGAUCCAGGUAUUAAAAUGCCUGCACGUCAGUUUGUAGAGCUUCCCGAUAGUGGAACGCAAGAAUGUUUGGUGCGAAUCUACAUCAUUCGGGCUAUUGACUUGCAGCCGAAAGAUAGUAACGGCAAGUGUGACCCAUUUGUGAAGGUCAGCUUGGGUAGAAAAUCAAUAGAAGAUCGAGAUAAUUAUGUACCCAAGACAUUGAACCCAGUGUUCGGCAGGAUGUUUGAGAUUAGUUGCAAUUUACCGACGGAGAAAGAUCUCAAGAUUGCACUCUACGAUUUUGAUUUGUUGUCACGUGAUGAAAAGGUUGGGGAGACCAUUAUUGAUUUGGAAAACAGACUUUUAUCACGAUUUGGAGCUUGUGCUGGAUUGCCUCAAUCACAUUAUAUUUCUGGAAUAAAUGCCUGGCGCGAUCAGCUGAAGCCAUCCCAGCUGCUGCACAAUUUGGCCAAGAUGAAGGGUCUUUCUCCGCCUGUGAUCUCGAGCACCAGCCUCUCCUACAAUGGUCAGGAAUACGUGCUAAGUGAAAUUGAAAAUAACAAAACUCUAAAUGAGCAUCUUGGACCUCCAGAGGAGCGUCUGGCACUUUAUGUUUUGCGACAACAAGGACUUGUACCAGAGCAUGUGGAAUUGAGGACCUUGUACAGCACCUUCCAACCCAACCUUACACAGGGAAAAAUACAGAUGUGGGUGGACAUUUUCCCAAAGAGUCUCGGCCCACCCGGACCACCAUUUGAUAUUACACCCCGAAAGCCCAAAAAGCAUUUCCUUCGCUGUGUAAUAUGGAAUACUAGUGAUGUCCUUCUGGAUGAAAAAAGUAUUACUGGAGAAGAGAUGAGUGAUAUCUAUGUUAAAGGCUGGAUCGGUGGGCUUGAAGAUGAAAAGCAGAAGACAGAUGUGCACUACAGGUCUCUAGGAGGAGAAGGAAACUUCAAUUGGAGAUUUAUUUUCCCAUUUGAAUACCUCCCAUCCGAGCAGCUUUGUGUCGUAGCCAAGAAGGAAAACUUUUGGAGUCUUGACAAAACAGAGUUCAGGACACCUCCUAAACUAUUCAUUCAAAUCUGGGACAAUGAUAAAUUUACCAUGGACGACUAUUUGGGUUACCUUGAGUUGGACCUGAACUCAACAAUAAGCCCAACGAAAACGGCCAAAGGAUGUGACCUGGACAUGCUGCCAGAUACGAAGGAUCCUGGUGCUAAAGCUCCUAAACUGACCUCACUUUUUUCUCAGAAGUCGUUAAAUGGUUGGUGGCCAUGUGUUCAAGAGAAAGAUGACAAACGUAUUUUGGCUGGUAAAGUUGAAAUGACAUUGGAGAUUAUCACUGAACAAGAGGCUGACGAAAAACCUGCUGCCAAAGCAAGAGAUGAACCCAACAUGAACCCAAAACUGGAUCCUCCAAAGCGUCCAGAAACGUCUUUCCUGUGGUUCACCAGCCCUUGUAAGACGUUGAAAUACAUCAUCUGGCGCCGAUUCAAAUGGAUAUUUCUCGGGAUCUUAAUACUGCUGUUUGUAGUUUUGUUCCUCGGGAUCUUCUUUUACUCAUUGCCGAACUAUCUAUCCAUGCGAAUUGUGAGUCCGGUCUAAAGGAGUUAUGGCUGUCUGGCCCUGCUAUUAAAUAGCUGGUCCAGGAACAUUCACUUCAUAUGUCUACAACCUCGUGGCCUAAAGGAUAGAAAUGAACUGAGGUUAGGAAAGCGACAAGAUCUACAUUUACCAAGGUUAGCCAAGGUUCAUGGGGUCAUGACUGGGCCAUUUAUCAAGUGAUGCCAUGUUAAUGUGCUGCCCCUGAUGAGCGGGACCCUGCUGGUUUAAUCCCAGCCUUUCUGCAAUCGACUGUUUGUUUAGCAGGUGCCUCUCUAGUUAUGAAAUACCAGGGAUGAUUUUUUUGUUUGUUUUGAACGAUGACCUAAGUUGAAAUGUUAUAAAACAAUAACUAUUCAAGGUGGCUGGUUUGCUAAUCUGUUACAGUAUAGAUUAAUAAAUGUGCAGAUUUAUGGGACUUUAUAGAAUAUUUUAUGAAAUAACCUUUAACUCACAAGUGCAAAUGCUUCCACAAUGCAUGUGCCCUGCAGGAAUGGAGAAAACUGGUAGUGUAGAAUAUUGUACUAGUCAAAAGCUCCAGUGCUUCCUGAAUUUACCCACAUACUGCAUAUGAAUUUGAACCAAAUGUGUAAUUUAAAUGCGGAUAAGUGUUAUUAAUCAAUAUGCACCCUCUGUAUUCUGUUAGUUGCUUAUAAAUCAUUUCAUCAA